AUUACUUGAUCUAAUGGUAACACCUUAUGGAGGAAAAAGACUGGGAAGUUUCUUCUUCAAGCGAUAACGAAGCUGGUUUUCCAAACGAUGAUGACGAAGAGUUUCAUUCUGGUGGUUCUGUACCCAAGUUACAGUUCAGAGUAGGAUCUUCCAAGGCUCGUUGGAUUGCUGAGUUAGGAAUGGCUGAAGUUGAGGUUAAAAGGGGAAAACUUUGGACGACAACUGGAAUCAUUCGUAGUGGAAAGACAUAUUGCUUCAUAGAAGAGGCUCUGUAUUUGAGUGAAAUAGGAGAGUUACAGAUCUUGGGUAAUGAGGAUGACAUAGCGAUCCCAUUGAAGGACUUGUAUGAGAAAAUGGCAGAGGAAAAAAGCGGUUGCUCUUGGGAUAACUAUGAGGUUUAUAGAUACUUAAAGGGUCUAGGUUACAUACUAGGCAGGAAUGGAAUUUCUUGGACGUUAAAGGAUGCUGCAAUUACGAGACCAUAUGGUGAAGAAGAGUCAGCUUGUGCAGGUGAAUGUCUUGAAGACAAGGAUACUGUAACUAAACUCUUGGGAGAUAUGCAGAUUUGUGAUGCAAAAGCUGUGUUUGACGUGUAUCUACCAAACAGCCGGUUCAAGAAGUCUUCUCCUGGUGAACCGAGCUUUGUAGCUUGCUUCUCUGGGGACUCUCCACCAAGCAAAAAAGAUAUUAAAGUCCUGCAAAAGCGCAUAGCUGCACCAUUAAUGUUCUGUCAUGUCGCUCAGGGCCGUGCCAGUUUCUUUUCCUUCAGUUCCAUAGACCUCCCUGUCUUACCAUAAAAUGUAAUAGAAAAAAACGGAAUGGUCUAGUAUUCGAUAGACAAGUCACGAAUCAAACUGAGAGUUUACA